AUGGUCAUUGACAAAGCACACUGUGUUUCUCAUUGGGGCACCAAUUUUUGCAAGCAGUAUGGCACGCUAGGUUCAGUUUGUGCAUUUCUGCCUCGUGAUACUCCUAUCGUCGCAGUCACUGCAACUUUGACCGCAUGCGUGCGGCGGGACCUUCACAGCAAGCUGGAUUUUCUGAAAUCAAUCGGUCGCUUUCACAAUGCCGGUAAUGACCGACCAAACAUGUCUCUGGUCGUCCGUUCCAUGGAGCACCUGCAGAAUUCGUUUGCAGACCUGGACUUUGUUAUUCCUGAAAAUAUCUCCUCCAUUGACGAGAUACCAAAGACAUACAUAUAUGCGGACAACAUCAAAACAGGUGGCAAGAUCGUAAAACACCUCAAGAAGCUGAUGUCGAAGCGCGGCAUCACUAACCAGGGAUGCAACGUAUCCGAUGUUGAUGUCAUCGUCCAAUGGAAGCUUCCAAAAAGCCUAUCGCAGUUUGUGCAGCGAGCCGGCCGCGCUGCGAGACAACCUGGUCACAAAGGUUUAGCUGUUCUCCUUGUCGAGCGAGCUGCAUAUUCGAAAAACAUAGAGAUCCUAGGCCCAGCGGCCACAGCUGCCACAGAAGCGGCACAGAAGUGUAAGAGUCGUAGAACGUAG